CUAGAACAUAUUUUUUCAUCAUCGUCGUGCUAGAAUGCGGACCGCAAUAAUCUUUCCGUAUUUUGGAAUUGGAAGCCUUUUUUCAAUUCCAAUUUUUACAACCAUUACUGCUUUUUUUCUUGUGCACUGAAUCCAAGUCCAAGAAAGACCAACGCGAAUUAAAUAAAAAUAAGAAUAAGAAUGGGUUCUUCAUUGACGAAGAAGGAGCUAGGCAGGAUUGUAGAUGGCUUAUCCCUAAUCAGCAAGGAGGUUGUGAAACGUUCUCGAUCUCAAAAUGGAGAUUUGCAAUCCCUAAUUACUUCCUCCUUGAAGAAAGCAAUCCUCGUCGUCACUGAUCUCUCCGGACUCACCACCGGCGAGGUCCGCGAGUUCUCCACUCCUCCUCCUCCUCCCUCACCUCCUACUAGUAGUAGUAACAAUUCUAAAGCAACAACCAGUGUUGUAUACUUCGAGGCGGCGGUUGAGGAGAACCAACCUCAAACACCAUCACCUCUUCAACCAUCGCCAUCGCCAUCGCCAUCAAAUGUUGGUGGUAAGGAAGUUCCCUUUCCCGAGAUACCACCUCCAUUGCCAUCGAAUGUUGGUUGUGAUGUCAAAGACGGUUUGCUCGCUUCCGAGGCCAAUGUUGACCUUGACAAAGAAGAGCCUGCUCCUUCUCCUCCUCCUCCUAAGAUACAAAAGAGGAGGCCGAGGGAGAGGAGAGUUCCUUCUACGCCCUUUUCUAGAGCUCUUGGAAAAACUCCUUGCCGAGGCCUAUGCACCCUGGGGAUUAGUUGGGCUUUGAUCCGGACAUCCAGUGCCAAUCAAAAAAAAAAAAAAAAAAGAGAAAGAAAAAGAUAUACAAGUAUGUCCAUUUAGUUGAUAUGUGAAAAGAUUCUCACUUUUUUUCUUUAUUUUAUUUUAUUUUUUCUAUGUUGCAAGUAUACAUAAAUAUACAUGAGACUUGGACUUGUACUUUCUGUUGAGCCUUGCACUUAGAUUCCAGGAGACUUGGUUCCCCCUUUAUUUAAUUUUGGUCUAUUACACUAAAUGGUAAUUCCCCCUUUAUUUAACCAUUUCAAAAAAAUGUAGAAUUUCUAAAAUGCCCCAAAAUUUCUUAACUUAGUAGAACACGAAUGCAUAUCCAUGAAAUUCCCAACUUGAUUACAUGAGGUACCAAGUAAGCCCUAUAUGAAUUUCCAAACUUGCUUUUAUUUUUCUUUGAAUGUCUUGCACCAACUUAAAUACAACCAAUUCAUU